GUCGGACCUGGAGGACCUGGGAGGUGUUGUUCACGGACGAGUCCUUUCACCAUGGCCACAAGAGAUGCAGCUCCCGGGAGGGCUCUCUUCAAGACAGACCAAGUAAGGAUCCGAGAGUGUCCAAUUCCGUCCCCGCACUCAAACCCUAAACGCGUUUGACGUGAAAGAGUCACUGAGGCGAUUGUGGAGCUGCCAAAGUGGGCGCAGGCAGCGUUCAGCAACUACCGCUCCUCACAGGAUACAGACCAGACUCCAAGAGACGGCCCUCCACUCGGACGAAACAUCCUCCUCUGUGCCCCCACUGGUGCUGGAAGACCAACGUAGCUCUCCUCUGCAUCCUAGAGAGCUCCACAAACACAUGAACCCGAUGACACUGUCAAUCUGGAGUCGUUCAGGUCAUCUACAUCGCUCCCAUGAGGUCCCUCGUACGGAGAUGGUCGCCAACUCUCCAAGCGUCUGUGCCGUACGGAGUGACAGUGAGCGAGUUGACGGGCGAAUCACCAGCUGAACAAGGAGCAGAUUAUGGCCACCAGUCAUCGUCUGCACCCCCGGAGAGUGGGACAUCAUAACUCGCAAGAGCGGGAUGAGGAUCCUACACCCAGCUUGUCAGCCUCGUCAUCCUUGAUGAGAUCGCUUGCUGCACGACAGUCGAGGUCGGUCUGGAGGCUAUGUGGCUCGGACCAUACGCCACAGAUCGAGGCCACCCAGGCGAUCCUCAGACGUCAUGGCCUCUCUGCACACUUUUUAUGUCCAUCAACUACGAGAUGUGGCCCACCUGUCCUGCGAGUGGAUCCAGCCAAGGGGUCUGUACUACUGCGACUAACAUGCUACCGUCCCGUUCCGCUGGAGCAGACGUACAUCGGAAUCACAGAGAAAAAGGCUCUCAAAGCGAUUCCAGGUGAUGAACGACAUUGUGUAUGAGAAGGUGAUGGAGAACGCGGGGAGGAACCAGGUCCUCAUCUUUGUCCACUCCCGUAAAGAGACGUCCAAGACGGCGCGGGCCAUCCGAGACAUGUGUCUGGAGAAGGACACGCUGGGACUGUUCCUGAAGGAGGACUCGGCCAGUACCGAGGUCCUGAGGACCGAGGCCGAGCAAACUAAGAACCCGGAGCUGAAGGACCUCCUGUCCUACGGGUUUGCCAUCCACCAUGCCGGCAUGAACCGAGUGGACAGGACACUGGUUGAGGAGCUGUUUGCCGAUAAACACAUCCAGGUCCUGGUGUCCACCGCGACGCUCGCCUGGGGAGUCAACCUCCCCGCACACACCGUCAUCAUCAAAGGAACACAGGUGUACAGUCCAGAGAAGGGGCGGUGGGUGGAACUGGGUAUGCUGGACGUGUUGCAGAUGCUGGGUCGAGCCGGACGGCCGCAGUACGACAAGAAGGGGGAGGGUGUCCUGCUCACCAGUCACUCUGAGCUCCAGUACUACCUCUCCCUCAUGAACCAACAGCUGCCGAUUGAGAGCCAGUUCAUCAGUCGACUAGCCGACAACCUAAAUGCAGAGAUUGUGCUGGGCACAGUCCAGAACGCCAAAAGACGCCGUCAACUGGCUAGGUUACACAUACCUCUACAUCAGGAUGCUGCGGGCCCCGCAGCUGUACGGAGUGGACCCAGAUGACCUGGAGAGCGACCGACUGUUGGACCAGCAACGAGCUGACCUCAUCCACACCGCAGCCUCUCAGCUCAGCAAGUGCAACCUCAUCAAGUAUGACAAGAAGAGUGGAGCCUUUCAGGUGACAGAGCUGGGUCGGAUUGCCUCUCACUACUACCUGACCCACGAGACAAUGGCCACCUACAACCAGAUGAUGAAGCCAACCCUCAGUCAGAUUGAGCUCUUCCGAGUCUUCUCCCUCUCCUCCGAGUUUAAGUACAUCUCCGUCAGAGAGGAGGAGAAGAUGGAGCUGGCAAAGCUGCUAGACAGAGUCCCCAUCCCGGUCAAGGAGAGCAUGGAGGAGCCAAGUGCCAAGAUCAACGUUCUCCUCCAGGCCUACAUCUCCCAGCUGAAGCUGGAGGGGUUCGCCCUCAUGUCGGACAUGGUCUACGUCACCCAGUCUGCCGGGAGGCUCAUCCGCGCCAUUUACGAGAUCUGCCUCCAUCGAGGCUGGGCCCAGCUCACCUCCCGCGCCCACUCUCUCUCCAAGAUGAUCGACAAGAGAAUGUGGCAGUCGAUGACUCCACUGCGACAGUUCAAGAAGCUGCCGGAGGACGUCAUCCGCAGGAUCGAGAAGAAGGACUUCCCCUGGGAGAGGUUCUACGACCUCGGCCACAGCGAGAUCGGCGAGCUGGUCCGCAUGCCCAAGAUGGGCAAGACCAUCCACAAGUAUGUCCACCAACUGCCCAAGUUGGAGCUGGCCGUGCACAUCCAACCAGUCACCAGGUCCACGCUGCAAGUGGAGCUGACCAUCACUCCCGACUUCCAGUGGGACGAAAAGAUCCACGGAGUGUCUGAGGCGUUCUGGAUCAUGGUGGAAGACGUGGACUCUGAACUCAUCCUCCAUCACGAGUACUUCCUCCUCAAGUCCAAAUACUCUCGUGACGAGCACGCCGUCAGUUUCUUUGUCCCCGUCUUCGAGCCACUCCCUCCGCAGUACUUCAUCCGCGUCGUGUCGGACAAGUGGCUGUCCUCGGAGACCCAGCUGCCCGUCUCCUUCCGCCACCUCAUCCUCCCGGAGAAGUUCCCGCCUCCCACGGAGCUGCUCGACCUCCAGCCACUCCCUGUCACCGCCCUCCGUAACCCCCACUACGAACAGCUGUACUCUGACCUCUUCACCUUCUUUAACCCCAUUCAGACCCAGGUGUUCAAUGCUCUCUAUAACACUGAUGACGAUGUGUUUGUGGGAGCUCCGACCGGCAGCGGGAAGACCAUUUGUGCCGAGUUUGCCAUCCUCAGGAUGUUCUCUGCCUCUCCCAACUCUCGCUGCGUCUUCAUCACUCCCAAACAGCCCCUCGCCGAACAGCGCUAUGCUGAGUGGCAGCAGAAGUUUGGACAGCACAUGAGCAAGAGGGUCUCUCUGCUGACAGGAGAAACCAGUGCGGACCUCCGUCUACUGAGAGACAGCAACAUUGUCAUUAGCACGCCAGAGCACUGGGAUGUCCUCUCCCGGAGAUGGAAGCAGAGGAAGAACGUACAGAACGUCGAUCUCUUUGUGGUGGACGAACUGCACCUGAUAGGCGGGGAGAGCGGGCCCGUCCUGGAGGUCAUCUGCUCCCGCAUGCGCUACAUGUCCUCGCAGAUCGAGCGGAAGGUGAGGAUCGUGGCUCUAAGCUCGUCGGUGGCCAACGCCAAGGACCUGGGCCAGUGGCUGGGAGCCACAACUCACGGUCUCUUCAACUUCCACCCCAACGUCAGGCCUGUCCCACUGGAGCUCCACAUACAGGGUUUCAACAUCACCCAUACUCCGUCGCGACUCAUAGCAAUGAUGAAACCUGUCUACCAGGCCAUCUGCAAGUACUCACCAAAGACACCCGUCAUCGUCUUUGUCCCCUCUCGCAAGCAGACCCGAUUCACCGCCGUCGACCUCCUGACCUUUUGCGCCGCCGAUCUCCAGCCGCAGCGGUUCCUCCACUGUGCCGAGGAGGACCUGAAGACACAUCUCAAGCACAUCCGAGACAAGACCCUGGUGGAGACACUGAGCAAUGGAGUUGCCUACCUCCACGAGGGACUCAGCGACAUAGAGAGGAAGGCAGUGGAGCAGGUCUACUCCUCUGGAGCUGUCCAGGUGAUCGUGGUGUCCCGCAACCUCUGCUGGGGAAUGGAGCAUCAACUCACCUCUCCCUGUCAUCAUGGACACACAGUACUACGAUGGCAGAGGGCCACAGGUAUGUUGCCACUACCCGGGCCUGCGACGCUGGAGAUGAUAGGCAGAGCCACACAGACCGCUGGUGGACGAGAGCGGGUGCGCCAUCUUGCUGCUGCCAGAACUCAGAAGAAAGAGUCUACAAGAGUUCCCUCUACGAGCCUCUGCCUGUGGAGUCUUAUCUGGACACUUCAAUGCACGACAUUCAACGCGGAGUGUGACCAAGACGGUGGAAAACAGCAGGACGGCAGUCGGCUACCUCACCUGGUCCUUCCUCUACCGCAGAAUGACCCAGAACCAACAAUUCUACAAACCUCCAGGUGUGACUCCUCGUCAUCUCUCCCGACCAUCUACUCUGAAGUAGUGGAGAACACUCUCAGUGACCUGAGCAGUCAAGUGUAUGCCCAUAGAGGAUGA